GCAUCCUCCUGUGCUAAGAAGAACACUUCAUCACCACCGUUCCACCUGCCACACAGCCUGAAGAUGAGGAAAGAAGUCUGCACCAUGGCUUUUGCUCGAGCCGUCUUUUGCGAGUUCUUAGCCACCUUGAUUUUUGUCUUCUUUGGCCUGGGCUCAGCCCUGAAGUGGCCUUCGGCUUUACCCAGCGUCCUCCAGAUCUCCCUGGCUUUCGGCUUGGCCAUCGGCACCCUGGUACAGACCUUUGGUCACAUCAGCGGCGGCCACAUCAACCCAGCAGUGACAAUCGCUUUCUUUGUUGGAAAUCAGAUCUCUUUCCUCCGGACACUGUUCUACGUUGUGGCUCAGGUGGUGGGAGCCAUUGCUGGAGCUGGCAUUCUUUACGGCGUGACUCCCGCUAAUGCCCGUGGCAACUUGGCAGUCAACGGGCUCAGCAACAACACAACUCAAGCCCAGGCUGUGAUAGUAGAAAUUAUCCUCACUUUCCAGCUGGUGAUGUGCAUUUUCGCCUCGACUGACAGCCGCCGACGUGACAACGUAGGCUCUCCGGCUCUGUCUAUUGGACUGUCUGUCACCCUGGGUCACCUGGUUGGGAUCUAUUUCGAUGGCUGCUCUAUGAAUCCCGCUAGGUCAUUUGGUCCCGCUGCUGUCAUGGGCCUGUUCGGUGCUUCUCAGUGGAUCUUCUGGGUGGGACCCAUCGGCGGAGGCAUCAUGGCUUCUUUGCUUUACAAUUACAUCCUGAUGCCCCACUCAAUGAAUAUGUCUGAGAGAGUGGCAAUCGUGAAAGGCACUUACGAGUCUGAAGAAGACUGGGAGGAGAAGGAGAAAAGCAUGGAAAUGUCCUCCCCCUAACCAAAAGAGCUGUGGACAGGAAGGAAAAAGACUAAAUCAACACUUCUGAUGCCAAAUACGGACUGUGUGCCUCGUGAUCCAAAGAACGAGUCACUUCUGCUGGUACCAAGGGGUUGAAGAGGGAAUGGGGAUAUGCUUUUAUGUAUAUAACCACCUUGAAUGCGUGGUUUCAUGCACCUGUGAAUGCGCAGUAAAGACCAAAAUGGAAGAAUGGCCUCUUCCGAAACGGCCCAUUUCAGAAAUGAUGCAUUCCAAUAGCAACACCAAACAAGGAUGGUUGUUCGCCUCUUGGGACCGGCAAAGGAGUGUCCUAGAGCUGUGCCUAGGCUGGGAUCUUAGCAUUUGCAAUUGCGUAGGGUUUUUGGUAAUUCUCCUAGCUAUUUGUGUUUCCUUUUCUGGUGGGCCUAAGCACAAAUCCUCCAAGAGCUGUAUAAACACUGGGUUUACAGGGCUUGGGGGCAAGGUGGUCUGAACCUGAGUUCCCCUUGGCUUGAUCCUGUCUCACAUACAUAACAAUGCUUGCCAUUAGUUUUUUUUUUCUGUUUAACACAUCCUCCAUUUACACUAAUAAGAACCCUUAUGGAAGGGGUUUUAGAUGGGCUUAUGAACGAAGACCACUUGAUAGCAAUUUGUGAGAAUUUGCCAUGAGAUUCUACAGAGACAAGACCGCCUUUAAAAGACUGUUGUGAAUCUCUGUUCUUUCCAUUUAUUUUUGUUCAACAUUGUUCAGAGUAAAUGCAAACACAGUGGAGUACAUUGCUUUGACUCAAUAUCCAUCUUCUGUAGGUUAAAGCAAACACGGCAAAUUAAUUUCUAAUCAACUGUACAUAGAGAAAAGCCAUUGCGGAGCUCAGUUGAUAACAUUAUUGUUCUGCUGUUCUGGUCUUCUCUUUGAUGGAGAGGGAAAGGAGAAAGAGGCAGAUAAGGUUGCCAACUUAUUACCUCUGUAGGGCUAGAGGAGACAGGAGACAGAUCAGAAAGGAAAGCCAGGUUGCUCGAAGGGAACAGAACUUUUAGCAAAAGUUUUGUUUUGCCAGGUGCAGACAGAAGCCCAUCUUUGAGUUAGGGUAAGGAGGAUUAAGUCUAUGCUUGGGCUCCUGACCAGUGGAAAAGAACGUCAAUCUCUACAGCUGUCCCUGUGUCAAGAUAACCAGAUAGCUUUGGUAGAACUACCCUGGUUCAGUGGAGCCCCAUAGAUACUGGGGUGGCGGCAGAGGGACUGACACAGAUGCUCUUCAUCUUGUGAAGUGGUGAGCUCAACAACCUGGUUCAUGUGCACUUAUUUCAAGCAUGCAUGCCUAGUAAAUAUGGUGCUGCUGAUGUUAGCUCAAAACAUGCUGGAAAUGGCCAGGGGGAAAAAAAUAAAGGCUUUUUUGAGCUAGCAACUCGAUAGAGAUCGGGAGACAGUAUACUUAUAAGGACAUCUUGGAGUAUCAAUUGAUGAACAGGGCAUUAUAUGGAGCUGAUCCAAAGACUAGCUUUCCACUGGAAUCAGGAAAGCCUGAGACACAUAAAGAGAAAUUAAUCCUGAAAAAAUAUCCCAAAAUUUUGUUAUAUGGGAGGGAGAGAGGGGAGAUGCUGUUUCCUGCACUGGCUGUUAUCGUAUUGCGCUGUUGUUGUUGUUGUUUGCCAAAGAAUGUACAUGUUUAGGAUCUUUGUUACUGGUUGUAUAUUAUGAUGCAUUAUUUAUUUUCAAUAAAAAUAACCUGUACACAA